AUGGUGGACAAUCUGGAGCAGCACUUUCAACCCGCAGCGGUUCAGUCUGGAGGUGUGACAGCAAUCUUCUUACCCUACCCCAAGCACAUCGAGGUUAAGUCUCGAGAGAUACCGAGGCCCUGCUAUGAUAAGAUGGUGCCAGUGAGACAGCCAGAUUCGGUGACUGCCGGAACAAGCAUUCAGACGGAAAAUGAUGACCAACCAGCAAGCUACGCAGAUAUAAAUAAUAACAUAAUAAUAAUACAAAAGCUCUGCGGUCCAAUAUAA